AUGACCAUUGACAAGGAGAUCAAGUCGCGAUACCAGGACUCCCGCGAGCAGUUUUUCGACUCUUCAUCAGGUUUCAACAAUAACAAUCAAUCAAUAUUAGAUGGCACGAGUUUUCAGAACCCGAACAAUGACACCGACCAGCAUUCACGUGCUAUUCAACAACAGACACGUGAUAUCCAACAGCAGGUCCAGCAACAGACUCGUGAUCUCAGGCAACAGAUCCAGCAGCAGGCCCAGAACAUCCAGAUGCAGGCCCAGCAGCAAGCCCGGAACGCCAUCCUGCCUGUCCUGGGCUAUGGUAUGCCACAGGGAUUUGUAAUUAACCCCUUGCAGGUCCAACCUGGCUAUAGCAGCACUCAGGGUCACGGGUACGAAGGUAUGGACGUUUUUGAACAAGGCUCCAGUCAGAGACAAGUUGUAGAUCACAUUCCCGACAUGAGAUCUUCCUCCCCUUUCCGUGCGAAUGUCUCACACCCAUCCCAGGAUCAUGUGACUGACUCAGUUCGAUCUCAGCAACAAUCUCAGUCGGAAUCUGAGCUUGAUCUUCCUCCCACAUACGAACAGUCGCAGUCCACUUCACACGAGCUGCUCAAUUGA